CAUACUUCUCGCUCUCUUUUCGUCUUUUAUUUUUUCUCUUUAAUAACCCUCUUUGUUUCUCUUGCACCUUAAACAGUGCCACUCCAUCACUUUCUUUUCUUUUUUCUUGCAUUUGAAUACAAUACAAUAGGAAGAACAAAAUAUACAGGAAGAGAAAAACCAGUCGAUUGUUAUUUAUACAUUCCUCUCUCCCUCUUUUUUUUUUUGGCUAUCGCUUUCCCUUUAACAACGAAACAACAACCACGCCCGUAUGAGGCAUCUUACAAAAGGCACCAGCAAGACUAUCGACAUUCGUCUCAAUGAGGAGAAAUUUUACUUUCCUGGCGAAACAAUCAAAGGUGUGGUCACUGUCCACCCGAAGAGCCCAACGAAAACGAACCACAUUACGCUAAGGUUUACGGGUGAAGUGUAUUUGUCGAUGAAGGACAAGGAAACGAUUACGUUGUUCCAAAAGACUGAAACCAUUGCAGUGUCUAACGAUGGCAGCAACAAGGCACACAUUUUGGAUGCUAAGAAACACAACUUUGACUUUGAAUUCGUUGUUCCAGAUGAUUUACCGAGUGCCAUGGAGUUUGGUAAGCGAAAGGCACGUAUUCGAUAUAUGUUGACGGCAAUCCAUGAUCGACCGAUGGUUCCGGAAUCGUUGUGCUCCAAAGCGGAAUACACGGUACCCAUCCUGGAGUUUGUGGAUGUCCAGUCGCCACAGUACAACAAGACUCAGGAACAGAGCUUGGAUUUUGUAAUACCACAGUUGGUAUCCAAGCGGCAUCAACAAUGCCAGCUCAGGGUCUCCAUGCCACGCUUUGGCUUCACAAGAGGCGAUUUGGUCAAGCUCAGCAUUGUUUUCAGUCAUUACGAAUCUUUUACCCGUAAAAACGCCGUCAGAGUCGAUCUUGUUCGUACAGUGGAUAUCCGCACCGCCAGGAACACGCUGGGCAAACAGGAUAUCUUGAAAUCAGUCGAACAUGACAUCAACAUCAUCGGACCAUACAACUUUUCCCAAGCGAUCAAUUCGCAGAUCCUUAUUCCUACAUCCACGCCUCCGUCCAUUCGAUACAAGGAUAAAGUCAUCGAUAUACACUACAAGAUACGCAUUCGUCUCUUUCUCGAAAAGAAAAAGGCAGUAGAAUCGCAGUGUCUGGAAAUGCCCAUUGUCAUUGGCACCUGGCCAAAAGCGGACGUUCCCAUCGACGACGAGGACGACGAUGACUAUUUAGACGACGAUCGCUUAGUGAGCGACGAGGAGGAGGAUUACGAUGAUCAUAAUAUCAGGGGUGAUUCUGACUUCUCAUUACCACCACCACCACCACAACCGACACAAUCCAAAUCGUCUACAACGACAUACCAACAACAACAUCGACGCAAUAUGUCAAGUUCGAUGCUUUCUGUUGGAUCUGCGUCCACAGUGACGCUCACGCUUCGUAACACCCAUAUUAGUGAACCCGGCGUUGUCCGUUCAGAUUCAAAUGCUUCUCAUUCAUCCCGACGUUCACAAGGGUCGGUAAAGUCCUGGCGCUCGAGCCAGUCUUACGAGCAACGGUCUCCUACCUUGUCACGAAAUACGUCGGCUAGUACGAACCUCACUACACCCGAUCCAUAUUACUCCUCCGGGGGCCGCAAUAUGAUUGUUACCGCUGGCAGUCAGACGUACCUCAACAGAUCUUCCUCCACACCUGACCUUCUCAACAAUCCACCCCUUCCUCCUCCAGCUGCUACACCAAGCGGCGGAAGCAUGUAUACAAUGCGUCCUACUGCAACGAUGACUACUCCUACCACUACUACUGCUAGUAAUAGCAGCAUGAACCGUACCUCCUAUUAUGAUGCUACUGGUAAUUAUGACUACGCCCAGCAGCAACAGUAUCCUCGUACACCAACUUAUCAACAACAAUACCAAUCUCGACUACCGUCUAAUGAUUAUUCCACCACCGCUACCACUACCACCAGUAAUGUCCCUACGCACGUCCUCCAGCCUCUCGCUGGCACUUCAUCCAAUCUAGGAUACAACAACACAAACAACAUUCGUCCGUCUAUCAACAGCACACCGUCAUCCAAGCCUCGAAUGGCUCACCGGAAUUACGACUAUUCAUACUACGAUGAUCUCACUGAUGAUAGUGACUUGGAGCAUAGCAAUAGUCAACAGCUUCCACUCUCCAGUGACUCGGACGACUCGGAAGAUGAAGGUGAUCUGCUACGCAUCAUAGAAAAGAAAAAGAAGCAGGCUGAACGAGCGAGACGUGCGCGUGGCCAUUAUUAA